AGACUCCUGUUUUGGUAGCUGUCAGUUUCCAAGUGCUUGGGAUUCUGAAUGGUAUGACAGUGAUAAUCAAGAAAUCACAUUCAACUUGACGAAAAAUAAGGUGCAAUCCGGAUGGACGGUAACGGUUCAUGGAACUACAAUCACAUCCUGGACCUGCCAGACCAAUACCACACACCAACUAUCUUCUUUUUCUAGCCGAUCAACAAGUCGAAGUAUCUGGAACAAAGUACAAUGUAUUCAAAUGUAUACGGUAUGAGAGAAUAACGGAUUACUCAUACAAGUACUACAUUUAUAACGAUUUGGAAAUCAAUGCAGGGAAUGUCAGGCUAAUAAUAGAGAAAUACGACCCCUCCGUAUAUUCUUUUAACUUAUCAGCUCUUUGCAACCCUUCUUCACCCCCAACAGUGGAAGAAUUUCAUAUGAUUGUCAAAAAGGGACAUGAAAACAGUGUUGGCCAGUGGUGUCCGACUUUUCUCCUCGGUGCGUUUAGUUACACACAUAAUACAGGAAGUGUCGUAACUUGCAACACCGCCUCUAACUUGGAUGUGUGCGCAAACUGGACCACUCUCACUUUUGACUACGCCAAAUGUCCAACAGUUCAAGCAUUUUCAGCGGAGGGAACAGUGGAUUGUCUUUAUACUCAGGCUGUUGGAUCUGUUUCAUAUGUUUCUGUAUUGAACAAGGGAACUGUCGACUACUCUGCGUACGAAAGAUUCACAUGUUUGGCUUUUGAGAACACUGGGAGCAUCAUAAAAGUCAGUGACAGCGCUGGCAGUUGUAAUGUUGGACAGUCUCCCACGGUGAAGCAACCAGAUGGAUCUGGAACACUGGAAUUGACACCAAAACAAUCCUGUUAUGGAAACUGCUCCCUUCCAAACAAUUGGGACUCUAGCUGGAUUGACAGUGGUCACGGCCAAAUCACUUUCAACCAAUCAGACGCUCGUAUUGUGUCUGGCUGGUCAGUGAUGGUGUAUGGAACAACCGUGUCUUCUUGGACCUGCCAGGCAUCUAAUUUAUCCUCCUCCUCGGACUCGGGAUAUUCUUUAUUCAAAGCUGAUACAACGGUGUCUAGUGAUGGCAAAAAAUACAAUGUCUUCCGUUGCAUUGAAUGGACAAAAAUCACUAACAACUCGUUUUAUUACUAUAUUCAACAAGAUGAAAAUGCCCUGACGAACAAUGAGCGGUAUUUUGUCGAGGAACACAAUCCUUACGUAAAUUCCUGGGAUUUAGAAGUGUACUGCCAACCGACCACUCCCCCUCCCCCAGAGGAAUAUCACGUUUUAGUUCAGCAAGGGUAUGAGACAAGUGUCAAGCAGUGGUGCCCAGUGCCACUUAGAGCUACAUUCACUUAUGUUCACAAUGAUGGCGCCACAUCAACAUGCGGGGGCGGAUCCAGUCUAAGUCUUUGCCCAGACUGGUCUACCAUGACCUUUGAUUACAACCUCUGUUCUACCGAACAAGCCUUUUCAAAGGAAGGAAAUGUUCACUGUGUACAUUCAGUGUUUGAUGGAACAGCUUUCCACACAACUGUUAUCAACCCAGGAGAUGUCUCUCAGUCCAGCCAUCAUCGAUUCUCCUGUUUUACCACCAAGACAGAAGGAUCUACGAUAUUCAUGAGUGACAGUGAGGGGAGUUGUACCAAGGGACAAGAUGCCAAAAUAAAACAAAACGAUGGGUCCGGAACACUUACUCUGACUUCAAAUAGUUCAUGUUAUGGGGCGUGCUCCUUCCCCCCUCUGUGGGACGGGGAAUGGUACGACAGUCUACAUGGGGACGUGACCUUCAACAGUACACUCAGCACUGUGGCGGGAUGGGCCUACACUGCUUACAACCAGCUCGUGACCCCGUUCACGUGCGUGUCAGAAAACACCACCAACAACCAGCUUCUAUUUAUUGGUGACCAGAAGAUCAACGUUUUCAGUAGUUUAUUCAACGUGUUUGUUUGCAUUCGGUGGAUCAAGAUCACAGAUUAUUCGUAUUAUUUUUACGUGCCCCAAGACGUAGAACCAAAUAUAAAGGGUAAAAGAAGAGCGAUAGUGAGGAUUAAUAAUCCAUCCGUGACCUCAUUUUCAACUGCUGAUUACUGCAAAGCAGCUGGGCCAGAUAUUGAAGAAUAUCAUGUUUUAGUCAAGAAAGGGUACGAGGCCUCGACUGUUCAAUGGUGCCCAACCCCACUGUUAGGAAGGUUUACUUACGUCCACAAUGACGGUACGUCCGACUCUUGUUCCGCAUCUUCUGAGCUCCAAGUGUGCCCCUCUUGGACUAAGAUGACGUUUGAUUACACCAAGUGUACUAGAAAGCAAGCGUUUUCAAAUGAAGGGGUCGUUGAUUGUGUCCAAACGAUUAAGAAGGAUGAUACCUAUUUUACGACUGUAUUGAACAUCGGAAGUGUUGAUUACACCAACUAUUACAGAUUUUCUUGCUUUGCUAUCACUGUCUCGGAUGGGUUGGUAUAUAUGAGUGAUAGUAAAGGAAGCUGUGAAGCAAAUCAAACGUCAACAGUUAAACAGACAGACGGAAGUGGUACCCUUGUGCUUACUAAACAAGAAAGUUGCUACGGAAAUUGUGUAUUUCCAUCAACGUGGAAUUCUACCUGGUACGACAGCAGUAUGGGUGACGUCAUAAUGAGUAAUUCAUCCUCAGCCAUUACGUCAGGAUGGACAGUAACAGCUUAUACCGUACCCGUCACAUCAUGGACUUGUGUAUCUGAAAAUACAACAGACAGUAUCAUGCUCUUUAAGGGAGAUCAAGUUGUGGAAGUUAGUCCAGGUGUUAAAAAGAAUGUUUUCCGAUGCAUUCAGUGGAAAAGGAUAUCAGAUGAGUCUUACUUCUAUUACAUUAAACACGACUUGAAUUCAGAUGCUCAAAAUAGACGCAUUGGUGUGGGAGGCUAUGAUCCAUCUGUGACGUCAUUUGACAUAAGCACUUACUGUACUCCUACGUCACCACCUGGAGUUGAAGAGUUUCACAUGCUAGUUAAAGAAGGGGCUGGACCGGAAAUAAGACAGUGGUGUCCGAAUGCUUUCCUUGGGAAAUCCUCGUACACUCACAACACUGGAAGUUCGCAAACUUGUGCUUCUUCGUCUGAAUUGAGCACUUGCUCAGACUGGAGGACAAUGAUAUUUGAUUACACAAAGUGUUCCACUGUUCAGGCAUUCUCAUCGGAAGGAACAGUACACUGUGUCAAUACUAUUCAAUCUGGCUCGACUUUCUACACAUCACUGUAUAAUCCGGGUACCGUGGACGGGACGUCAUUCCACAGAUUCACCUGUUUUGCUUCAAGUGUCUCCCCCUCUGGGAUACUGGUGUCGGACAGCGCUGGAAGUUGCCAGAUGAACCAGUCUCCUACUAUCAAAGCUACCGACGGAAGUGGAACACUUACUGUUACUCAGAAUCAGAAUUGCUAUGGAAGCUGCAGCUUGCCUUCUACCUGGGAUGGUAAGUGGUAUGAUAGUGGUCUGGGUGAUAUCAUCUUCAGUCACUCCUCGCACAAUGUACAGGGGUGGGCCAUGACCGUCCAUGGCCAGGCCGUAACAUCGUGGACCUGUCAAACACAGAAAAACACCGAUAACUUACUGCUCUUCAAAUCUGACCAGAUUAUUGAAGUCAAUGGAGUGAUGAAGAAUGUAUUUAGGUGCAUCAAGUGGACAAACAUCACCGAUAACUCUUACCAUUACUAUGUGUUAAAUGAUGUUGAGAGUAAUGCGGGGAAUCAGAGAGUCAAAAUAGAGGACCACGACCCGUCUGUACAGUCGUGGAACAUCAGUGACUACUGUACCCCAACCUCAGCCCCUGUAACGGAGGAGUACCACGUGAUCGUCAAAGAAGGCCAGGAGAGUUCAGUCAAACAAUGGUGUCCAAUACCUCUAAUUAGUAACUUUACUUACACUCACAAUGAUGGAUCCAUUACUUCAUGUAGCGCCUCGUCUGCUCUCAGCGUUUGUCCUUCCUGGAAUACUUUGACAUUCGACUAUUCCAAUUGCUCAACGGAACAGAUUUUCUCAAAAGAGGGAGUUGGUUACUGUGUUCAGACCAUUACAAAAGGAAAUACAUUUUACACCAGUGUUCUUAAUCCGGGUGAUGUAACCGGCGUGGGACACCACCGAUUCACGUGUUUGGCUAUCAGUUUAUCAGGAUCGCAGAUACAAAUAAGUGACAGUGCUGGAAGCUGUGAGGCUGGUCAGACAGCAACGGUCAAAGCCUCGGAUGGAAGUGGUCUGUUGACAUUAACAUCAACUGGGUCCUGUUAUGGAAAUUGCAUGUUUCCGUUGGAUUUUGCGGGAACUUGGCUUGACAGUAGAACAGAUUCAGUAGAAUUCGUGUACGACCAUUCUCGAGUUUCCUCAGGAUGGGCCAUGACAAUCAGCAACAAUACAGUCUCAUCAUGGACGUGCAUGUCAGAUGACACCAACAGUCAACUUUUACUUCUAAAGUCUGACACCAUAUUGGAAAUCAAUGGACUGAAAAAGAAUGCAUUUAUAUGUAUAGACUGGAAGAAAAUAACAAGCAACUCAUAUAGAUAUUAUAUAAAAAAUGAUGAAAACCCUAACGCCAGUAGUGAACGUGUCAGUAUAGAGGACCACGAUCCAUUUGUUACAGACUGGAAUAUAAAUAGUUAUUGUAAUCCAAGCAAUGGGCCGACGAUAGAGCAAUUCCAUAUGAUUGUCAAACAAGGUCAGGAGACAACAGUUAAACAAUGGUGCCCGAAUCCCUUACUAGGGACGUUUUUCUACACCGUCGACAAUGGAACCACCCAGACCUGUGGAAACGGCUCCCGGGUCGACGUGUGUGCUACUUGGACUACGAUGACGUUCGAUUACACUAAAUGCUCAUCAGAAGUUUUUUCAAGGGAGGGUGAGGUGUAUUGUCUAUACACAAUAAUUAGCGGUUCAACCUACUACACGUCUGUCUUAAAUCCAGGUUUUGUUGAUCAGACUAAUUAUCAUCGAUUUACAUGCUUGGCUAUAACAGCAGAUGCCAAUUCAGACAAUGUUUUCGUGAGCGAGAGCGCGGGAAGCUGUGAGAGAGACCAACAGUCCACUGUACAACAACCUGACGGCAAAGCAAACUACACUUUUACACCUUAUUCCACAUGCCACGGUUCUUGUACGUUCCCCAUACAAUGGGAGAGUGUCUGGCAUGAUUCUGACAAGGGAUCCAUUGAAAUCCAAGCUCCGUCUAAAUCCGUCUCUCCUGGUUGGUCAGUCACUGCGUACUCAAAGACUGUGACGUCAUGGACCUGCCAUGCAGAGGACACAAAUCAGAACUUGUUGUUGUUCAAAUCUGAUCAUACUGUGGAAAAUGCUGGCGUUCAAUAUAAUCUUUUUAAAUGCAUUAAAUGGCGGGAAAUAACACCAUAUUCCCAUUUCUACUAUGUACAGAAUGAUGUAAAUUCAAAUGCCUUGAACGAAAGAAUAUUUAUCGAACUGUACGACCCUUCCGUGACGUCAUGGAAUACGACCACGUAUUGUAACCCUUCAUCCCCACCCAAGCUGGAGGAAUAUCACAUCAUGGUCAAGCAAGGGUUCGAGUCCCAGGCUGCCCAGCCCUGUCCUCCAGUGCUAAUUGGUCGAUUCACUUACACUCAUGACAGUGGGUCUACCCAGACAUGUAGCAGUAGUUCCUCGCUCGCUGUCUGUCCCUCUUGGGAUACUAUGACUUUUGAUUACACCAAGUGUUCAACGGAACAAGCUUUCUCAAAGGAAGGUGUCGCCAAGUGUUUGAUGUUCCUAAGUAGUGGUGCUACUGUGUUCACUUCGGUUUUGAACCCUGGUGAUGUGACGGACAGUCGUCACAGCGUCUUUACUUGCUAUGCUUUGACAAGAUCUAAUGAUACGAUAUACAUGAGUGACAAGAAAGGAAGUUGUGCUCCAGGGCAGACUCCACAAGUUAAACAGACAGCAGGGUCCGGAACUCUGACUAUGGAAGUCUUAGAUUCAUGUAUAGACGAACCAACCGGGAGCAGUGUUGGACUUUGUACUCUUCCCACUAAUUGGGACGGUGAUUGGUAUGACAGUGGCAUGGGAGAGAUUCAAAUGAGCGAACGCACAAAAUCCGUAACUUCUGGUUGGGACGUGUCAGUUUCUACAACUUCCCUUACAUCGUGGUCAUGUGUCACCAGCAAUGACACAGGAUCCUACCUACUGUUUAAAUCAGAUCAACUUGUAGACUACAAUGGAACAUUUUACAAUGCAUUUCGUUGUAUUCAAUGGACAAAAAUCACUGACAAUUCCUACAUGUAUUACCCAAUGACAGAUGAAGAAUCCUUGGCUUCAAAUACAAGGAUUAAAUUGGAAUUGUAUGAUCCAACGAAAGUACAAUGGGACACAUCAGGCUUCUGUUCUCCUACUAUUCCCCCCGACACAGAACAAUUUUACAUUCUUGUGAAAAAAGGACAAGAGUCACAGGUUAAGCAAUGGUGUCCUUCUCCUUUGCUGGCCUCCUUUACCUACAAGCACCUAACAGCAAACGGGACAGAGACCUGUACAGGGGUGUCCUCUCUAGACGUCUGUACCAACAGAACCAUCAUGGCGUUUGAUUACACCAAAUGUUCUACAACUCAAGCAUUCUCAAGUGAGGGAGUCGUUUAUUGCGUGAAAUCUCUUGUUGUGAAUGGUGUCUACUACACCAUGGUUCUGAAUCCGGGCACAGUGGACAACACUUUCUAUCACAGAUUUACUUGUUUGGCUACGACCAAAACCGGAGGUGUGGUGUUUACUACCGAUCGACCAUCCAUGUGUGCCAAGAACCAGUCAUCUACCACUGUGGUGCAGGGUGGUAGUGGUACUCUAGAAAUGAUACCAGAAGAAACGUGUGACUUUACCACUAAUGUUGACGAGAGUAAGCCUGGCGAGGGUAUUGCAACAGGGUCUGUCAUCGGUGCUGUUGUCGGUAUUCUCCUCAUCCUUAUCAUUGCUGCUGUAGUUGGAUGUAUUGUUUUCAAAUAUAUUAAACGAAAGAAAACACAACACAAUGACACCCAACAAAAGAAACCGAUGUCCGAUGAGGAUACCCCAAGAGCUUUGCAUUAUAAUGUAGAAGAGAUGAAGAAGAACUUUGCUUUGCCGCCUCUACAACAUGCAGCGCCGUCCUUGUCACGUGUCUCUCCAAAGAUCUCGCCAAAGGUUCAAAGUCUUGACCUUCCCCCACCUUCCCACCUACCCCCUGUACCCGUCAGUACGAGUACACCAGCUAAACCCAAGAAGAAAAAGAAACACAGACGAGACAAAAAGCAUAAUUAUGAAGACUCGCAUAUAGACCAAUCAAAUGGAAGCGUACCCAAACCCGAUGUGAUUAGUGGUACUUCCGCUAUUGAACUUGAGGAAGACUAUGAUGAAGCAAUAGCAGAUAUUUUAGCUACAGUAGACAAUGCUUGAUACUCUACAUGCCCAGAUUGACGAUUGAAGGUCGUUUUGACUGGUGCUGAUAAUAAAAGAAGAAACGUUUAUAUGAUAAACGUUUUCAAAAGCUGCAAUCAUGACUGUGUCUGUGAUAGACUGUUUGUCUGUUGUUGAUUUAUUGUUUCAAAUGUUGUGUUUUACAUCUUUUUUGAUAAUUAAAACCAGAUAAAAUUUU